CCAGAGUCCAACAGCAGAGCCUAGAGGUUCCCAGAGGUCAUUCUGCCCAGGACACCAGAGCAGACCUGGCCUCCAUAUUUAUGCUGCUUGAGGAGAACAUGAUCACCUUUGUGAAGAACGAGCUGAAAAACAUCAAGAGCUCUGUGAGUCCAGAUUACGCAGGAUGCUUAGAGAGGCAGAGGGAGGAUGAGGAGGUGUUGGACAGUGAGGAAGAAGAGCAGAGGAGCAGCAGCAGAAAGGCUUUUUUGCAGAUCACACUACACUUCCUGAGGAGAAUGAAGCAGGAGGAGCUGGCUGACUGUCUGCAGAGCAAAACUCUCGCUGCAGUGUGCCAACGUGAACUGAAAUGUAGCCUGAAGGAGAGAUUUGAGAGUGUGUUUGAGGGGAUUGCUAAAGCAGGAAACCCAACACUUCUGAAUCAGAUCUACACAGAGCUGUACAUCACAGAGGGAGGGAGUGGAGAGCUCAAUGAGGAACAUGAGGUCAGACAGAUAGAAACAGCAUCCAGGAAACCAGACAGACCAGAAACAUCAAUCACAUGCGAGGACAUCUUUAAACCUUUACCUGGAAGAGAGCGACCAAUCAGAACAGUGAUGACAAAGGGAGUGGCUGGCAUCGGGAAAACAGUCUUAACACAGAAGUUCACUCUGGACUGGGCUGAACACAAAGCCAACCAGCAUGUCCACUUCACAUUUCCAUUCACUUUCAGAGAGCUGAAUCUGCUGAGAGGGAAAAAGUUCAGCUUGGUGGAACUUGUUCAUCACUUCUUCACUGAGACCAAAGAAGCAGGAAUCAGCAGGUUUGAGCAGUUCCAGGUUGUGUUGAUCUUUGACGGUCUGGAUGAGUGUCGACUUCCUCUGGACUUCAGCAACAACCAGAUCCUGACUGAUGUUACAGAGUCCACCUCAGUGGACGUUCUGCUGACAAACCUCAUCAAGGGGAACCUGCUUCCCUCUGCUCGCCUCUGGAUAACCACACGACCCGCAGCGGCCAAUCAGAUCCCUCCUGAGUGUGUUGACAUGGUGACGGAGGUGAGAGGCUUCACUGACCCACAGAAGGAGGAAUAUUUCAGGAAGAGAUUCAGAGAUGAGGAGCAGGCCAGCAGAAUCAUCUCCCACAUCAAGACGUCACGAAGCCUCCACAUCAUGUGCCACAUCCCAGUCUUCUGCUGGAUCACUGCUACAGUUCUGGAGGACGUGUUGAAAACCAGUGAGGGAGGAGACCUGCCCAAGACACUGACUGAGAUGUACAUCCACUUCCUGCUGGUUCAGUCCAAGGUGCAGAACAUCAAGUAUCAUGGGAGAGCAGAGACAGAUUCACACUGGACUCCAGAGACCAGGGAGAUGAUCCUGUCUCUGGGAAAACUGGCUUUUGAGCAGCUGGAGAAAGGCAACCUGAUCUUCUAUGAAGCAGACCUGGCAGAGUGUGGCAUUGAUAUCAGAGCAGCCUCAGUGUACUCAGGAGUGUUCACGCAGAUCUUUAAAGAGGAGUGUGGGCUGUACCAGGACAAGGUUUUCUGCUUCGUCCAUCUGAGCCUUCAGGAGUUUCUGGCUGCUGUUUAUGUCUUUCUGUCAUUCAUCAACUCUGGAGUCAGUCUGCUGUCAGUAAAAGAAUCAGCCUCCAGGUGGUCUGCACGAUUUAACAAGAAAUCUAAACUAAAACACCUCUACCAGACUGCAGUGAACAAGGCCUUACAGAGUCCAAAUGGACACCUGGACUUGUUCCUGCGCUUUCUCCUGGGUCUUUCACUGCCAACCAAUCAGGCUCUCCUACGAGGCCUGAUGACACAGACAGGAAGUAGCUCACAGACCAAUCAGGAAACAAUUCAGUACAUCAAGAAGAAGAUCAGGGAGAAUCCCUCUCUAGAGAUCAGCAUCAACCUGUUCCACUGUCUGAAUGAGCUAAAUGACCAUUCUCUAGUGGAAGAGAUCCAAAGGUACCUGAAAUCAGGACGUGUCUCCACAGACAAACUUUCUCCUGCUCAGUGGUCAGCUCUGGUCUUCAUCUUACUGUCAUCAGAGGAGGAGCUGCACCUGUUUGACCUGAGGAAAUACUCUGCUUCAGAGGAGGCUCUUCUGAAGCUCCUUCCAGUGGUCAAAGCCUCCAGUAAAGCAGUGCUGAGUGGCUGUAAUCUGUCAGAGAGAAGCUGUGCAGCUCUGGCCUCAGUUCUCAGCUCCCAGUCCUCUAGUCUGAGAGAGCUGGACCUGAGUCACAACGAUCUGCAGGAUUCAGGAGUGAAGCUGCUCUCUGCUGGACUGGAGAGUCCACACUGCAGACUGGAGGCUCUCAGGCUGAGUGUGUGUAAGCUGUCAGAGAGAAGCUGUGCAGCUCUGGCCUCAGUUCUCAGCUCCCAGUCCUCUAGUCUGAGAGAGCUGGACCUGAGUCACAACCAGCUGCAGAAUUCAGGAGUGAAGCUGCUCUCUGCUGGACUGGAGAGUCCACAAUGCAGACUGGAGGCUCUCAGGCUGAGUGUGUGUAAGCUGUCAGAGAGAAGCUGUGCAGCUCUGGCCUCAGUUCUCAGCUCCCCGUCCUCUAGUCUGAGAGAGCUGGACCUAAGUAACAACGAUCUGCAGGAUUCAGGAGUGAAGCGUCUCUCUGCUGGACUGGAGAGUCCACACUGCAGACUGGAGGCUCUCAGGUUGUCAGGCUGUCUGCUCACAGAGGAAGGCUGUGCUUCUCUGGCCUCAGCUCUGAGCUCCAACCCCUCCCAUCUGAGAGAGCUGGACCUGAGCUACAAUCAUCCAGGAGACCCAGGAGUGAAGCUGCUCUGUGCUGGACUGGAGGCUCCAACCUGCAGACUGGAGGCCCUCAGGCUGAGUGUGUGUAAGCUGUCAGAGAGAAGCUGUGCACCUCUGGCCUCAGUUCUCAGCUCCCAGUCCUCUAGUCUGAGAGAGCUGGACCUGAGUCACAGUGAGCUGCAGGAUUCAGGAGUGAAGCGUCUCUCUGCUGGACUGGAGAGUCCACACUGCAGACUGGAGGCUCUCAGGUUGUCAGGCUGUCGGCUCACAGAGGAAGGCUGUGCUUCUCUGGCCUCAGCUCUGAGCUCCAACCCCUCCCAUCUGAGAGAGCUGGACCUGAGCUACAAUCAUCCAGGAGACUCAGGAGUGAAGCUGCUCUCUGUUGGACUGGAGGAUCCAACCUGCAGACUGGAGGCCCUCAGGCUGAGUGUGUGUAAUCUGUCAGAGAGAAACUGUGCAGCUCUGGCCUCAGUUCUCAGCUCCCAGUCCUCUAGUCUGAGAGAGCUGGACCUGAGUAACAACGAUCUGCAGGAUUCAGGAGUGAAGUGUCUCUCUGCUGGACUGGAGAGUCCACACUGCAGACUGGAGGCUCUCAGGCUGAGUGUGUGUAAGCUGUCAGAGAGAAGCUGUGCAGCUCUGGCCUCAGUUCUCAGCUCCCCGUCCUCUAGUCUGAGAGAGCUGGACCUGAGCAACAACGAUCUGCAGGAUUCAGGAGUGAAGCGUCUCUCUGCUGGACUGGAGAGUCCACACUGCAGACUGGAGGCUCUCAGGCUGUCAGGCUGUCUGCUCACACAGGAAGGCUGUGCUUCUCUGGCCUCAGCUCUGAGCUCCAACCCCUCCCAUCUGAGAGAGCUGGACCUGAGCUACAAUCAUCCAGGAGACUCAGGAGUGAAGCUGCUCUCUGCUGGACUGGAGGAUCCAACCUGCAGACUGGAGGCUCUCAGUGUGGACCAUUGUGGAGAGCGGUGCCUGAAACCAGGACUGAAGAAGUAUUCCUGUGAACUCAAACUGGACAUAAACACAGCGAACACAGAACUCCUCGUAUCUGAGGGCAACAGGAAGGUGACACGUGUGAGAGAGGAGCAGCCAUAUCCUGAUCAUCCAGACAGAUUUGACUUCUGGACACAGAUGUUGUGUAGAGAUCGUCUGACUGGUCGCUGCUACUGGGAGGUCGAGUGGAAAGGAAAGACUCAUGUUGGAGUGAGUUACAGAAAAAUCAGAAGGAGAGGAAACACUCAUGAAUGUGUGAUUGGAGGGAAUGAAAACUCCUGGUGUUUGGUCUGCUCUAAUAGAUGCUUCAUUGCCAGGCACAAAACCAGAACAAUAUACAUCCCUGCCCCCUCCUCCUCUAACAGAGUGGCAGUGUAUCUGGACUGGCCUGCUGGCUCUCUGUCCUUCUACAGCGUCUCCUCUGACACACUGAUCCACCUCCACACCUUCAACAACACCUUCACUGAGCCUCUGUACCCGGGCUUUGGGUUUGGGGUUUGGUGGUGUGGUUCUUCGGUGUCUCUGUGUCAGAUUUAA